AUGUCUUCUAUCCCGUCAACUCAACAAGCCAUCGUCCUCCCCGGAACACGCAAGCCCUUCACAUCUAAAACAGUCCCUGUAUAUCCUCCCACUCCAGGAGAGGCCCUCGUCCGCGUUGCUUGGACCGCCUCCACUCCGCUCGACCUCCACCGCGCUGAUGGCGGUCUUCUCAUCCCUGAGUAUCCAUCUCUGAUGGGCGGUGGAGGUGCUUCUGGGAAGGUCGUAGCUGUUGGUGAUGGCGGUGACCUCAAGGGCCUAAGUGUUGGAGAUAGGGUUGCUACUUUUGCGUUCCGUGGUGGGAAAGAGUCAAACCACCAGGAAUACAUCACCAUCCCUGCAUAUCUUGCCUCCAAGAUCCCCGAUAACAUCUCUUAUCAAGAGGCGGCAACAGUACCAGUGAACUUGGUCACCGUGUUCCACACUGCAGCAGCUGAUCUGGAGCUGGAGCUCCCGUGGCCUGUGCCAAAGGACUACACACCUAAGCAGGCUGACGAGCCUAUCCUCAUCUGGGGCGCCUCGAGUAGUGUGGGCAUGUACGCAAUCCAAGUCUUUAGACACUGGGGCUUCAAGAAUAUCGUCGCCGUGGCCAGUGAGAAGCAGCACGAGUAUCUCCGCAGUAUUGGUGCAACGCAGACCUUCGACUAUCACAAGGACGACGUGGUGGACCAGAUCCUCGAAUUCGUCAACAACAAACCAGAGCCCAAGUUGCCCUACAUCAUCGACUGCAUCGGCUCUCUCGAGGGUACUCUAAAGCCCCUGUCCAAGCUUGCUCAGCGCGGAAGUACUGUGGCCGUUAUGCUCCCCUUGAUCAUCAAGGAUGCCACUGCAGAGGAGGAGCCUGAGUAUGAAAUGGACACCUCCAAGGUCUUGGUUGGACAAUGGGCCGAUGGUGUCGACGUUCGAGGUGUGCGCACGCAUUUCUACCUCUCUAACGAGUUCCUCAAGGAAAAGGCGCAGCCAGAGAUUAUACCAGCAUUGCUCAAAGACGGUAUUAUCACUCCUAACAGGUACCGCGUCGUGGAGGGCUCAACUGCUGUUGAGAGAGCCCAAAAAGCAGUGGACAUUCUGAGGAAUAAGGAGGUCAGUGGCGAGAGACUUGUCUGGAGAAUUGCGGAUGAGGAGGUAUGA